AUGCGACUGGCUAUCGUUCUCGUCUGCUUAACAUUAAUUCAUUUCAGUCAUGGAAGACAAUAUUUAUGCGAUUCAACUGCUAAGUGUGGUUGUUCAAAGAAACAACCGAUGCUCAGUAGAAUCAUCAGUGAACAUAUGAACAAUGAUGGAUAUUGGGGAUGGAUUGUUAGUAUCAAAAAAGCGGAUCAACCGACUUGCGGAGGAUCAAUUAUAUCAAAUUCAUGGAUUCUCACUUCAGCUAGCUGCGUCAGGGAAAUACCUCGUCAACUUCUAAGCGUGGCUGUUGGGUUAAGUAAUGUUCAAUCUAGUACACAAACACGUCCAGCAGCUGAGAUUAUCAUACAUCCGAAUCACAAUCAAUCAUUUUUUAUAAAUGAUAUUGCUUUGAUUCGUUUGGAAGCACCUUUAAAUACGGAUGAUCCGUCUAUAGCACAAAUAUGUCUACCAGCGGAAACGGCUGGAAAUUAUUCAUCAGACAACUCAUCGUUAGUCGCUCUCAGUUGGGGAGUUUCAUCUGAAUGGGGACCAUUGAGUGUCAAAGAUAAAGCAUACGGAAAACUUCGAGAAGUUCCAACGACAGCUGUUUCAAUUGACAGUGAAGAUUGUCAAUCAAUAAUCACUGAUGAUUCAACACAAUUAUGUGCUCAAGUCGUCAAACCCAAUAUAGAUACUUGUGCCGGUGAUGCAGGUAAUCCAUUGAUGGUUUACACACCGAGUAGACAAUGGAUUGUUGUUGGACUUGUUUCAUUUGGUAUCCUAUGUGAUGGUCAAUAUCCUAGCGUUUACACGCGUGUUUCCGCCUAUUUGGAUUGGAUUAAAUUGAAGACCGGUAUUGGCUCCACUGCGAAAUAA